AUGGUCCUUGAGAGGAAUAAACCUUGUUGGGCUUGUAAGACUGGCCUUCCACCUGCCCUUGCCUCUUUUGCUCGCAAUAUCAACAUUGUCACCAAGAAGUUCGGGACAAACUACCAGAUGUUCUGCCCCACCUUUUUGGUUUUCUCUCACCCUAUGCUUUUUGACGCUCCAGCGCUUGAUGGCAACCACUUUCAGACUCAAGAAUCCCAGGCCGCAGCCACUGUCUGGGAGUUUGAUGACAUCCUCAUGACAAACCUUCGCAAGUACCGCUCCAUGCACACUUUUGUUGAUGAGGUCGAGCACUGCAUUGACCACAGGCACAUGCAAGAGAUUAACAAGCUUCACAAGACCUUUUGGAGUGUUAUCGAACUCCAACAGGACUGCAAAAACUGGUUUGCUGCAUCGUACAGGGAUUGUUCUUACAUCAAACCCUUGUGUGACCUCCUCGGUGUCCCUGUCAGCCCGCCUGAGAAAACCUACCAAUCUCUCCCCCCUGUCUUUCUCAAGAACCACAUUGUCAACGUACAUUGUCCAUUUUCAAACUGGAUUGUCAUUGCCUGUGCAUGCAAGGUCAUCAUGUGGGGUAAAAAGUCCAUUAAUCACCCUGGACUCCCAAGUGGUGGCCCCAUUUGUAAUGCGUGGUUGUGGGGCUCCACCAUAGUCCUACCUGGCCUGUGGGCCUUUGCCGCUACUUGUAUUAUAUUCUUGCUCUCUCCCGACGUUGAGUUCUCCAAAGGAGGCAAGGGGAAUUGCUCGGGUAUCAAGUAUUCUGAGUACUUCACCAAGUAUAGCCAUCUGCUUAUCACCAAGUGGGAUUCCCCUCCCAUUACCACCCUUCGUGUGAAGAUCAACGCCUUUGAAGAUCUUGCCAAAGACAUCAAUGCAGCAAUGGCGGCAAUGGAUAUGGAUUCUGAUGACAAGCCCACUACACUACAGCCUAGUGGUGCCAUGGGGAACUUCUCGGGUGCUCCUCAGGACUAUAUUCUCAUGGGAUUGUACAAGCAGCUGCAGCAGGCUCGUGCUACGAUCAUGAGUCAGCAGAUGCAGAUCACAACUCUUCUAUCAAGCCAAAACACCUAUUGCUGUUGUCUCCUCCGGCAGGAUCACCCCGACAACAAGUUCUGCACCAAGGGCAAGUACCUCAAGUGGAUCAAGACCUCUGAUGUUGUCAAUGCCGUGAUCAAGAAGACCAAGCUCCCCUUCUUCAAGAACAAGGAUGGUAAUUGUUACAAUAAGGUUGCCAUUGCAAAGGUUGUUGAGAUGGCAUGGUUGGAGGUUGGCAACAAGCACCCGGAUGCUCUUCUCUCUGAGGGCAACUGGAAGAUUUGUGAGCUGGGAAACCUGCAAUACGGGUUUUGGAGGCAAAGCCAAGACAUUGAGUUCAAGGCUAUGUAUGCGCGCAUUGAGCUUGAGGCUGGGAAAGCACAGGUGAAUGUGAGAAAGAUCAAAGAGGAGCCCAACUUGGCGAGUAGCAAGUGCAAGAAGGACGCCAACAAAGGUAACAACAACAAAAUCCAGGUGAUCAGCAUGAUGCACCCCAUGAAGAAAUGCAGGACCUCAAAGAAGAACAAGGGUAAGCAGGAGACGUCUGAAGAAUCCAGUGAGGAGUAG